CUACUUGUAUGUUGCCGAGCUGAAACAGCACAAUGGUGGGGCUUAGAGCGAACGGUCAUGCUCCGUGUAAUAAAAUCAAUUGGCUGAAGAGCCUACUUGAUGAAGACGAAGACUCAUCGGACGCCACACCGCAGCAGAAGAAGGACCAGAGGUUAGAAAAGUUUUCAAGCGCCGACAAGCAGCUCAUGAAGAAGAAGGUGCACAAAGGUAAAAGUGCCACCACCGGAGAUGACGCCAUACAAGAUCGACGAGAGGGGCGGCAAGAAAGUAACAAUAAGAAGAAUCGACCUGGACGCUACGGUACGGAUCGAGAGGGCGAACUGGGAUCACGUUCGAGUGAUAGCGUAGUGAAGCAUCAGCACGACUCGCAGGACAGAAACCACCUUGGAAAAACGCCGUUGUCGGUCAUGAAGAACGAGGCUGGAAAAAAACGGAGCCGAAAAAAUGUCGAGGAAAAAGGUGGCAAAAUCCCGCAACGUAAACGACUUCAUGCGGGUUUGGAAAUUGAGGUGGUUAACGAGAAGAAAAAGGUAGAGGGGUUGCAACAAAAGUGUUUGAUUGACCCAGCGAAAGCUAAGGCUGCAGCAUUACGGCAGCGGCGAAUGAGGAAGCUGCGUGCUCGUCGAAAAGCUACGGGUGAACACAAGCGACUAGCGGCCGCCAAAUUGAAGCGGCAGGAGUCAUCUGAGGCAUCAAGACUAAAGAGAAUCCAGCGUGAGCAGAUGCGCAAGGCACAGAAAGCUCCUGGAGCUGCAGGCAUAUAUGAGGAAGGCGAACGCGAAGUUAAUGCACGCCCAUGCUCAGCACCGCUAUCCACCGAAGAUGCAAAGGAACAAAAACGAUUGCUUGAACCUCUGCAUCGUGCUGCCAAUAAGCAAUUAGGGGGAUUGAAAUCCUCCGCAAUAUCAGCCUUGAAACGCCCUCGCACUGCCGGUGUUGACAAAGAGAGACUGCAGCGAAAGGAAGAUGCUCAUCAUGCCCUAGGAAAGCUCGACAACAAAGCUGGACUCAGAAGAAAGCGGCAAAGGUUGGAACUUGUGAAACAGGAAGCUGAAAGUGCCGCUGGAACUGGACUAACGCUUGGAAGCUUGACGUCUCCGAACAAGAAGAGUGAAAGCCGAGAUGCUGAUGCAAUGCACUCGAAAGAUGCGGCGGUUUUUGAGAUUCCACACGAACAAGAAGCUCCAUCCACUAGAGACAGCACUAAUGUCGACGGUCCUGAAAGCCAAGAGCCGCCAACACAAUAUGUAGAGUCGUGUCGUGACAUAACUAUACGUGAGGAGGUCAAGGAGGAGGGGCAGGUUGAUCCCCCUGCUUCUCCAAGAAGUAUAUCGGCCGAUGUGAGACCUCAAGAUGAAAGUGAAAAGACAAACACCAACGACAUGAACGGAAUGGAUCUGGAUAUGGCACCGAUUCCAAGAAAAUCUAUUAAAGAUGCCUCAAGUGCUGCAUCUUUUGUGAUCCCCAAGCGGUCCGUCAUUAAUUCUGAUGGUCAAGUUAAAUGUCGUGCAGUUUAUCGUAAUGACCGCAAACCUGUAGGUCGCAUCCCCAUUUCAGUGAGACCAGAGCCAUCUCCUGCGUCAAGUCCGCUGCUUUCAAGUCGAGAUCCAAUUCGCUCGCAGCGGAAGAGAACAAAAGCUCAUGUUCCCAUCAAAAACUCAGCCUUGUCAGCACACGAUAAAGCUCUCAUGCGACUGGCGCGAAAGCGUAACUCCAUUAUCAUAGCAGCUGGUGAGCUGGCAGUCCAGCCAUCACUAGUUGGUAGCAAGACAUCAGCCGCACGCAUGACCGGGUACGAAGUUUUUGAUGCUGACGGAAAAGUUUUACCCGAUUUGGUUUCACGUUGGAACAGUGCUACCAAGAGUGAAAUGAUUGCGAACAAGGACUCAUUCCCCGCCUCGUUUUUUGGUGUUUCGCUGGCUGCUCCGAAGGCCAUAGGAACCGUGAACGGGUGUGCUGAUGUGGAAAGUCGAAUGAUGAACUGUUACGAAGAGCUACGCUUUCAACGACCGGAAGACAGAGAUUUUUAUCAACGACGAAUGUACGGCACGGCGUUUGUACCGCAGCAUCUGCGUGGACGGGCAACGCUAAUUGUUCGAUGUGCACGCUUCGAGCGAAAGUCCACUGGCAUCAGAUUCAACCAGGACCGUGAUCGCGAGGAGUUCGCUGCGUCACUGAGCAAGCGCUACACGUAUAAGAAGUCGGUGCCACGCUGCGAAAUCCGGCGAGAAAACUGGCAAAAAUUGAUGCAAAACCAACCGAGUGUCGUGUAUUUACACUACAGCAAUAUCGAGGAUGCUGAGCGCGCUUCAUACGUCUUUCGCGAUGACGCUGGGAAUGCUCUCGAGCUUAAACACGAGCACAAGUCGUGCGUGGGGGACGGUCGGGACGUAUCUCCGACCAACGGAAACGGAUCAUAUCGCACGCCGAUACGAUCUUUCUCGAACGAACGAAGCCCAUCCAAGUCAUCCUCACAGCCACCACAAGGUGGUACUGUACGCAACACUCAACAUUGGCAUCGAGAGCGCCAGGAGUCUACAAAUCGGUACUCGAGAUAUGACCAGCCACCCUCAAUAGGAAGAGAGAGCGACCGGUUCAAUCUGUCGGUAAGUGGGUAUUCUCGAUUUCGAUCAAGAAGUAGGUCACGCUCGAGACCCAGGAGAUUUCCUGAUCAGCAGCACAAAUCGGUAGAAAAGGGAAAUGGUGGUGAGACUACUGGAGCGGUUGGAACCAGCCUAUCGCUAUCGUCCAAGAAAUCUGCUGGUGAGCUGGUUUUAGAAAGCGGUGAAGAAGAGCAAGAAGAAGGCGAAAUUGAGAACAAUACUCAACCUGUUCUGGGUACAAGCGAUCGGAUCGAAGGCAGAGAAGGAAGGCGAUGCAGUCGAUCACCUCGUGCAAGAUGGGAGCAACCACAGGACGUACAGUCUUACCAGCGACAAGAGGAUUACCGUCGCCGCCCAUACGAUCAGAACUACGACCGUGGUCCCAAAAGGCGACGAUCGAGAUCAAGAUCACGGCCACGACCAGAAGAUUGUGCUCCAUGGGAAGGCGGUGAGCGUGGCGAUAGCUGGAAUACGAAGGAGCGUUGCUAUCGCGACUACGGUCCUGUUGAAGUGCACCAUAAUAGCGAGUACGGGAGACGCGUGUAUUCGGGCGAAGCAAGUCGCUACCGUGGACGCGACUACCGCGGUGGAGGAUACAACGAUCGCACGGGCGACGCGUACAUGAGGUCAUACUAAUAGGUGUGAGUCCAUUAUGUUGGGGUGUAGCACCAACCUCUGGUGCAGGCAUGUUAGCUUUCUUGAAGCUUUAACUGCAGUUUAGAUAUAUGACCAAUCAGCGAUUUGUAAAGACUAUGGCAUGUCCAUCC